AUGCUGAAUGCCUUGCAAGCAAAGCGUAAGCUAGGGUUCAUCAAUGGAACACUGAAGAAACCAGCUGAAGGGAGUCUAGACCUAGAGAACUGGCUCGCAGUGAACUCUAUGCUGGUAGGUUGGAUUCAUAUUUCCAUUCAACCAAGGGGGCGUUCAACGAUGACGUAUAUGGACGCGCAUCAACUUUGGUCUAAUUUUAAGGAGCGUUUCUCGGUGGGAAACACAGUGAGGAUUCAUCAGAUAAAGGCUCAGUUAGCCUCGUGUAGACAAGAAGGUCAAUCCAUGUUGGAUUAUUUUGGUAAGCUCUCAACCCUGUGGGAAGAGCUGCAGUCGUAUCAACCCAUUCACGUUUGCUCUUGUGGAGCUGCGACAGUGAUCGCAAGAGAAAGGAAGCAAGAGAAGAUACAUCAGUUUGUGAUGGAAUUGGAUGAUGCAAGAUUCAGAGCCAUCUGUACAACCAUCAUUGAGGAACAGAGGAUCGUGGCAGCUCGUGGUCACGAACAGCAACAAGAAGCAGUUGGGUUCUUGGCUCGUCAUGAUGUUUCACAGCCGAACAAUUUGGAAGCGAGACAAGAGAACUCACUUUUAAAGCCAAGAAACAUGCUCUGUUCUCACUGCGGCAGAUCUGGUCAUGAAAAACGAGAUUGUUGGCAGAUUAUUGGGUUCCCGGAGUGGUGGCCUGAUCGUAACAACAGUGGAGGCCGUGGUAGAGGUGGUCGCAACGCUGGCUCGGGUGGUUCAGGUCGUGGACGUGCACAAGCAACUGCUGCACACGCUACAACUGCACAUGCUACGAGCUCUAAUACAUCAUCAAUCCCAGGGUUAACGUCCGAUCAGUGGAAGAUUCUCACAAAAAUGAUUCAAGAGAAGUCUGGUAGCAACAGUUCAGAUAAGUUGUCUGGUAAGAAAGAACUUGGUGAUGUUAUUCUUGAUACAGGUGCCUCGCGCCAUAUGACAGGGAAUUUGUCGCUGUUAACAAACGUCAAGAACGUGCCUCCUUGCUCUGUCGGGUUCGCGGAUGGUAGCAAAACCUUGGCUACGAGCGUUGGAGUGUUUCCACUGUCUGACACAGUCUUGUUGGAUAAUGUGUUAUAUGUCCCUGCAUUAAACUGCACAUUGAUAUCAGACCAUUUUUCGAGGACUUUGAUUGGAGCCAGUGAAGAGCGUGAUGGGGUCUACUAUUUUAUACGGAUGUCGAGUCAUAAAGCAGUUGGAGUCUGGACGUACCUAUUGCUAGCGAAAUCUGAGGUGAAACAAGUCUUGUUACAGUUCUUUGCGUACACAGAAAAACAAUUCAACAAGUCUAUUAAGAUGGUGCGUAGCGACAACGGUACGGAGUUCAUGGUCAUGUCCCCGUAUUUCCGAGAAAAAGGAAUAGUCCAUCAGACCAGUUGUGUUUCUACACCACAACAAAUUGGGAGAGUUGAAAGAAAGCAUAGGCAUAUCCUCAACGUGGCACGCACAAUUAUGUUUCAAGAGAGCAUGCCUAUCAAGUUCUGGGGUGAAGCCGUGUUAAUCGCUGCUUACUUAAUAAAUCGAACUCCAUCCUCCAUUCACAAGGGAAAGUCACCGUAUGAGAUACUCCAUGGCGUGAAACAAGACUACAAGAAACUGCGACUUUUCGGCUCAGAAUGUCAUGUUCAUCGAGCAUCAUGCGAUAAGGAUAAGUUUGGUGUGCGUAGUCCCGUGUGUGUGUUUGUUGGCUUCCCGUUUGGGAAGAAAAGUUGGAAGGUCUACAACAUCUCGAGAAACCAAAAACUCAUUGUUCUCUAUAUAUCAAGACUUGAAAUGCAUAAGUAUUGA